AUGGCGCCCCCUGCUGGCGACAAACACCAAGGUGUAAGGGCUAAUCCUGAUCUGAAAGAGGAUGUUUCUGCGAAGGCCGAUGAUCGUCAGGAGGCUGGUGUCCUCCUUCAGAGACGCCACCUGACGGCUACCCCGUCUCUUCUCUCCCUCACCUGCGGGCAUCCCCGAGCCUCCGCCGCUGGCGGCUCCCGAAUCCCCUCCGUCCGGUUCCAGGUGGCGCUGCCCGGCUGCGACGGAUCCCAAGAGCCGGGGCCAGAAGAAAAGCAGUGGCAGGAGCAGCGGCAACCACAUUGCCAGCUUCCCCCGGACAAAGAGCGCUGCGGGGGCCCGAGAAGGAGCGCCUUCCAUCGGCUGCACGCCAAGCUGGAAGCGGCGUACCGCUCCCUCCGGGAAGCGCGCAGCUUAGACUCGGGCGAGCCGCCAGCCCCGGCGCGGAAAGAGUUAAAGCGAGCUCCCUCGCUCGCUCUCCCCUCGCGGGGCGGGGCAGCGGGGAAAGUGGCUGCACGUGGACAGAGUGGUCGUAAGCCGCCACCUGGGGAAGAAGGCGUUCUGAAAAAUUCUAUGAUGGCAACGCUGAGACGAAGGAGGAAGUUGACAGCCAGGGCCACCCUCGGGACCGGAUGUCAAAAGAAGACAGGCAGUUUCGUCAUCGAGGAGGAAGAGGGUGACCUUGACUACGACACGACAGCAAGUCGAGCUGGGCAGGAGCAAACUUCCCUCGCCCUGUUCUUCCAAGCAACGACAGUUCCCACCGAUCAAGAGCUUUCUACCACUAAAGGAGAGACAGGUGGCAAUAUGAGAGAGGCAUUGUGCAUGUGCAUACAGGGCAGUCUUCUCAUUUGGGGGGAGGAGCUCCACAAGGAGGCACUCUUUUCUCCUCCUUCUCCCUCCAGCCCUGAUGCCUUGGGGCUGGACAUAUGCACGGACACAAACGUGGAGCUUUCUAGAUGAUAAAAUUCAUCAGUUUCCAGUCUUCAAGAACCCUUUUACUUUUCCUGCU